AUUUCGUUUGCGUAUACUUAUGCCUUGUGUCUUCGGCCUACUUCCGGACGUCCCUGGAACGGAAGGUCGUCCACUUUAUGAAGACCAAUGACCGUCUCUUAACACUUGGAAUUACCGACAUUGUGAAAUUAUGGGAGACUUCCUUGAAUUUCGACAGUGAAGGGAUUUCAUAUAAAAACACGGCAAACGAAAGACCAGCUUUGAAUCGUUUUUCAGACAUUCAACAAGUAACAGUGACAGUUCUGUUCCUCACGAUGAGAGGCUUGCUUUUAGUGACGGUGGUUGGCGCGAUUUUUCUGAGAGAAUCAUUCGGUAAACCGACAGAAAUGGUGGCGAAUUCUAAUGUGCUCGAUCCCAUUGCUUCGACUGUGAACAAUACUUCUGAAACCGAAACCACGAGGGAGCAAAGAUCGCCGCAAUUCGGUUUGUUAGGUGGCUACAGUGAUUAUGAUUACAACGACGAUACACGUUAUUUUCGUUACGGAAGCGGGCGAAAGUAUCAUCACUAUAAACCGUUUCGCCCUCACAAGCCACACGGUUUAAUCGGAGGAUAUGGAUGUCGCGGUUAUGGCUGUGGUGGAGGAUGGCAACCGGACUACGGCGGCCAUCACCAUACCGGACAAGGAGCGUCUUUUGCCUCAGCGUCAGCAGGAUCUAUAGGUGGAGGUGGUCUUUACGGUGGAGGACAGAGCCAGGCCAAUGCACAGAGCGCAAGUUUCAACAUCGGGCCUUUCUCAGCAUCGUUCAGCUCCGCGCAGUCCUCGUCAGGACAAAACGGAUUCUGAAUCCUUGAAACGAUCCGCAGACGUAGCUACGCGGCGGCGAGUGGGCCCCUUAAUUUAUUUCACCGUCAUCGUCUCACCGCCAUCAUUGUGGGCCCAUUGUUUACAAACAUUCUACGUCACUCACUAGGAGCAAGUAAAUAAGCUUAACCGCGUGUGCAGGCCACCCUCUUGCCUCCUGCGAGAGGAUUUCCUGAGCGAGCAAGUUCCCUUUGUCCGCAUGCCAGCCACCAGAUGUUCCCCAAAAUAAAACUGGCAAAAUAUCGCGACGUAGCGCCGCGAUUCGCGCAGGAACGAGCGAGAACGGCCGGGCGAAUCUGGACGCGAGAGGGGCAAGGAUGGUGGGACCCCUGAGGAACGACGAGGAGGACGUGGGGAAGGAGGGACCGCGCCGCGAGACGCGGGGUCGCUGGAUAAACGGGCACAAAGGGAUAGGAAGCCGUAGGGAGGAAGGCCUCUGUUAGGAGUGACGGCCCCUGAAAUCGAGAUCCGAAAAGCCCCGUGCAAUGACCGGACACGAACCGCACACGCGAUCUCUUCGCAGCAUCCUCCGCUUCGAGGAUGUGCCCUUUUCUUCGCUCCUCUCUCCUCGAACGCAGCCGUCAGGAGGAGCGGCGCCCUCGAGAGGACGCGUGCAUAGGAUGCGCUUGUUGAGGAACAUCGUGAAUCCUCGAUGAAGAGCAGUACAUUUAUUUUGUUGUUUAGCGAUGGACUAAUAAUAAGAGCGAAAAGGGCGACGAAUCAAUCAAUUCCAGUGAUCUCUGAUAAAAAUGUGGCAAUUAUCAUGAUAUUUUGAAGAAAUGAAAAUAAAGACUUGCAGAAAAGAAGAGACAAAAACUCUCUGUCUGAUAUUCUCUCGAUCAAUUGACUUUGAAUUUUCUUUUGAAUUCCUGUUUUCGAAACCUCCAUUUGUGCAAAACGACAAACAAAAUCGAACAAUUUUAUAAAAUAACAGUUAGAUGUGUUUUUAUCUUUUUGUUUGUAAUAUUUGCAUGCUUGCGUGAAUUAAUAACGAUGACGGUAACAAAAAUAUUCGUGUGCGAGGGCCCGAGGCAAGAGGUUGAAAAACAUUCGAGAAAUUACGCUUGUUAAAGAUCCACGUGAUAUUAACCGCGGUUUAUUGGCCGAGGUACCCUGUUAUUUUUCAAGCUAUACAGAAGAUCAUUAAACGUGCUAUCUUUUGCGCUCCGACAUCACCUAGGUUCACACACACACACACAAAAAAUAAACUGAAAUGCCGUUUCAAUUCCCUUUUUUAAAGUACAAUAAAUAUUCAAUUUAAGUAAUUUUAUUCCAUCGUCGUCUCAUUAACACAAACUUUCCGCGGAGGUCAACGAACUCUCGGUCUCCUGAUUUAUAUGUGGGGAAGAAAACAUUCUCUUAUUCUGAAAGGAUAAUCGGUUUAUCCUCUGACCGAGGCAGACAAGUCUAGAUCCGUAGCUACGUCCACCCCGAAGUGGUGACAUUCACGACGCAUCCGAGAUGCGUCAGAGAGAUCCUCGUUAAAGGUCCGUAUCCUGUCGUUAACCAUUGUUUAGCCGCUCCUGGGCACCUACGGCCCUGCCAGCCGGUAAACCAGUCUCUCAGUCUGAGUAAAAAGAGAGCGAGACAGAAAGUAUAUGUACGGGAGUCGUUCGGAUAAACAGAAGGAGAGAUCAAAUGAGAGAGAGACAGUGGUGGGAAGGGGGGGAGGGGAAAAGAAUUGAGAGGGAAAAAAAUGAAAUAGAAAGUGGUCCGGCCGGUGCAACAGACUACAGUAUAUGACGCCUUUAAAGCACCUCCUCCCGGUGGUUUACCCAUAGGUCUGUUCCUGUUCUCCACGUACUAUAGCAAAUCCGCGAUGCUUUCUUGAAGGCUCCCGCGUCAUUGUGCUCGCAUUUCUCGUGCGGUUGUCGACUCGGAAAGUAUAUCCUCAACUUAUCGCCGGUAA